AUCCAACUACCACUUCUUAUUGCCUUUGCUCGUGCCUAUAGUCUCAUGUGACGUUUACCAAACAUCAAGUACUUCACACCUCCAUUGUUAUAAAUAGUUCACACCUCCACACUUAUAAUACACCAAAAAAUAUACGAACUACACAACAAUCUUCUUUCUUCCUAUUAGCUACCCUCAUCCAUGGCAAAUUUCAAAGCUUUCUUUCUUCCUUUAACCCUUUCCUUCCUUUUUGCUUCUCUGGUUUCUGCCACCUUCUACCAAACUAUCUCUCCCGAUCAGUUACGUGCUGGUGGUGAUGCCACAGUCGAAUACAAUGUCUAUGUUUACCAUUAUUCCUCCUCCACCACCUCUCCCUCUCAUCAGCACUUCAACGACGGCCUUAACUUCAUGACAGACCCCAUUCUCAGCAAGAUAUAAAUUUUCCAUAUCCCAACUUUAUCUGUGUGUUCCCGUUCGUCUAUAAACUUUCAAAAAUUUGUACUCAAAGUUGGAGUUUCUAACUUAUUUGGUACAAUGUUUUAUGCUAAUUUACACGCAUAGACAAGUCAAGAUAUUAGACUGUUGAUUGGAGUAAAUCCAAGGAUAAGUUUUCCCAAUUCACGCCGUUUACAACUUUGAAUAACUCUGCUGUCAAAGUAUUGAUGUAGUGCAAGUUGCGUAGCUGAAUAAUGUGCUUCUCGAGUACUUUUUGUCAGGAGAUGAUGACCGUUGUGUUUGUUGUGUAAUAGAACAGAGAGACAAAGAGGGAGAAGAGUACAUUAUGAGGACUAUAAGAAUAAUGUUAAAAUAAAUUAUUUGGAAGGAAUGUAUUUUAGUUUAUCGAUA